AUGGCAUCCCCGAGCCCCCCAUCGGGCACCAUUAGCAACAGUUCCAACCUCUUCCAGUGCGGGACCUGCUCGCAGUCGUUUACACGCAUCGACCACCUCGGACGCCACAUACCCAAGAGAAGCCCUACCGCUGCUCAGUGUGCAACAAACGAUUCGGUCGCGUGUGAGGUCCCUUCCAAUAUAGCCGAAUCUCCAGCUAAGAAACAUAGUGACUUAUUGUCACGGCAUUCUGCCCUCCACAACCCGCAGAGAGAGGCCACCCCGGCGAGGCGACGGCGCGGUGGGGCCAAUGUUGCACCCUCUCGAGCGUCCAAGGCCUGCGAGGCCUGCGCCGUGGAUCAUUUGCGCUGUGACGAUGAGAAACCCUGUCGUCGAUGUCAGAGGAGAGAGAUUCCUUGUACCCUACCGGGCAGAUCCUGCGAGGCUAUCGCGACAAUUACCACUGUGGCGACGGGGGAUGAACAGAUACAGACAGACCCGUCUGGAGAUGCUGGUUGCUUGCCGUCCACGACCUCCCUGCAAUCUCCGCAAAUACUGGCGCAGCAUGGUGACACGGAGGCGAUUCCACAGACGGGACCAAAUAAUCACAUGGUAGUUUCGGACGUAACUGAUUCGCUGGAUUACGACUUUCCUGUCUCGCGAGGAGAGCUUGUCACCUUCGGCUUGGAGACGAACCUCGACCUCAGCGUACUGGAUUUGAGCUUCCUCGAGUCUUACAAUGCGCGAGCUCCUUUUGAGUACGAAGCGGCUACGGUAUCGACAGUCGAACCGUUAGGGGAAACAAUUGGAGGCGAGGUCGUUGAGCCGGAUCCAGCAGCGAAAGAGGAGCGAUCAUUCCAGAGGAUACGAUGGCGCUUCGUGCCUGCUGCACAGGAUAACGGGUAUGCUGAGCACGCCAACCUGCUGCUCAGCGGACAGAACGGCCAUGACGCCACGCCGCAGAGUCUCCUGAACAUGGAGGUCGGCCCCCAUCAUGGCGAUUGUGUCAACCUGGCAUCGCGUGAUAAGAUUCUGAGCAUGGUCCUUAGCCAGAUGCCAAAGCCAUUUCUGCUAAAUGCGGCUUCCUUCCCGUCACCCGAGCUCCUUGAUCGCCUUAUUCGCUACUACCUAACAGUGCCCUUCGCCAGCCCUCGUCAGUGGAUCCAUCAAGGCACAUUCUCAGCUAAAACAUGUCGCCCAGAACUAUUACUGGCAAUGGCGGCCGCAGGAGCUGUCCUCACCCCCGACCCGGCGUUGCGCAAACUAGGGUACGCGAUGCAAGCGGUCCUACGCCAUGAGCUGCCCGCUGUGUACGAGGGAGACAACACCCUGAUUAAAGAUCUCGAAUUACAGCAGGCCUUUCUCAUCGAUCUGGAGAUUGGCCUCUGGAGUGGCAACAGUCGCAAGAUGGAGUUGUGUGAGAGCGAGCGCCACGCACUGAUUACCAUCAUCCGACGCCGGGGGUUAUUCGACGCAGCCAGGUACCCGCGAAUCACCGUGCACCCCAGCGAUUCAGGGCAGAGGCUGGAGAGCAAGUGGAGGCUUUGGGUACGCGCCGAGUCAAAUAAGAGGCUUGUUUAUAGAUUAUGGCAGCACGAUACUCAGUGCUCGACGGUGCUUUUGACGGGUCCGCUCAUCUCAUAUGCUGAGCUAUCCCUUUCUCUUCCCAGUUGUUCGACGCUGUGGAACGCACCUACCGCGGAACAAUGGCGGGAUAUCUUCUGUCUCCAGGAGUCCGAGGCUCAACCUGGUUCCCAUCCAAGGUCACUGACGGAAUAUGUGAUGAACAUGGACCUCCUCGAGAGUCAACGCGCAAUCAUCGACAUGAAUCUCUCCUGCACGGCUGUCCUCCAGGCUCUGUGGGGUAUGAGCUGGGAAUACCGGCAGAUGAGCCUGCUCACCGGCAGUGCAAAUACCAGCGCGCCUCCCCGGUCAUGGUCCGCCGGGCUUCUUAUGGCAACCCGGUACCAGCAGCUCACCGAGAUGCUCGACUACUUCAAGGUCGCAUACGGAAACGAGACGUCGCUAUACUGGAAUAGCACUCUGAUGCACCUACACACGUCCCUUGAAGAGGUCCGGCUCCUUGCCACGGGGCUUGAACAGCCAGAGACGCUGGGACAGAUCCCACAACCAAUAGCCGCAUGGGCAGCGAGCAAAGAUGGUCGAACUGCCGUAUGGCACGCGGCACAAAUCGUCCGCGAGGUUCGAGGUUUUCGCCCGCAAUCUUUACGGGAUUUCGCUGCCGUCGCUCUCUACCAAGCAACACUAGCGCUGUGGGCGUACGGUAUGGCAGUAGGAAGUUAUAUUACUCUUUCAGCUGGACAGGAAUCAAUCUGGAUUGAUGGCGACGAAACCGACCACAUCCAGCGCUUUAUCUCUGUCGGACGGGGUAGGCCAAUGUUGCAUGGAUGGUCGCCCGAGGGAGGCUUUGUGGACAUGUGGGAUCCCACGGCAGUCUUGAUAAUGGCAAUCCAACUCAUGCAUGAUAACCAUAGUGGUCCAGAUGCAGGUGAGCCUCCGUUGGUGGAAUGUCUUGUACAUGCCCUGCAGAAACUACUCGAGGUGACCGCUUGGUCGCGCCAGGCGAUAGCUUCAUAA